AUGAAUAGUUUCUACAAAAAGUUAGACGAACUAAAAAUACUAAUAUCCGAAAUUUCUCCCGACAUAAUCUGUCUCCAAGAAACCAACUUUACAAAUCUAAACACCGCAAAAGUACCCAACUACAAUGAUUUUAGCAAACACAGACCCACCGGACUAAGGGCCAGUGGUGGAGUAACAACAUACGUCAGCUCUAUAUACCCAUCUAAAGAAAUAUAUAUCUCAACACACCUUGAAGUAAUAGCAGUAGCAGUAAAACUCAAUGAUAUUGAACCCAACCAACACACAUUUACGGAUAAAGACAUAGAGAAUAUAAUAAAGCAGCUUCCCAAGCCCUUCAUCAUAACAGGUGACUUCAACAGCCACAACGUCAGUUGGGGCUCCCUAAGCACCGACAGCAGAGGGAAAGAAAUCGACAAAAUCCUGGAAAACGAUGAUCUGGUACUACUCAACAACAUGGAACCAACGCGUAUAAAUCCAAUCAAUGGUAACUUCUCAAAUAUUGACAUAUCAUUCGCAAAUGCAUCCCUCGCACAAAGGCUCAACUGGUCGGUCCUACACAAUAUCACUAGCAGCGACCAUUUUCCAAUUACUGGAGACUUAUCUCUGAAACACUUUGAAAACAAAGUAUCUCAUAUAGACAAAUCUGAAUCUCAAAACACGGAAAACUUGGUUGACCAAUUGACGGAAACAAUAAUCUCAGUUGCCAACCUAACUAUAGGAAAAACCAAAUCAAAAAACCCCAAACCCAAAUUACCAUGGUGGAACCACGACAUUAAAAAUGCAACUAAAGAAAAAACCGACGACCUUAAAAAGUUCAAAAAAACAAAUAAACUAGACGAUUUUAUACUACUAAAACAUUUAAGAACCAAAUCAAAAUUCCUGAUAAAAACCAGUAAAAAAUCGUCAUGGGAAAAAUUCACUAGCAGCAUAUUAAAAGAAAACACCGACUCAAAAUCAGUUUGGAACAAAAUACAAUCUCUAAAAGGACUCAGACGAAAUAAAAAAAUCAACUUAAUCGACCCAAAUUCUAACCAAUUAAUAAAUAAACCAGAUCAAAUACCAAAUAACCUCGGCGAAUAUUUUUAUAAUAAUAGCAGUGACAACAACUACAAACAACCCUUUCUAGGGUACAAACAAAAAUGCGAAAAAGAAACUAUAAGUAAUACUUCCGAUAAAAAUUGUCACGAUCAAAGACAAAUCAACCAAGAAAUUAAAAUACAGGAAUUAACACACUCAUUAAAAAAAUGCAAAAGCAAUAGUCCCGGACCCGACACCAUCCCAUACGUCUUCAUCCAAAAUUUUGGCACAAGAACUCUCAAUCUUCUGCUUAACAUUUAUAAUAGAAUAUAA